CGAACCCCUCCGAAACCCGCGCGGUUCCGAACCUUCCAUGGCGACGAGCUCUGGCCUUGCCCCUGAUGUGCAGAUUGAAGGAGGCGAGCUGGAGCGCCCGGCGAAGCGGGCGAGGCUUGCGGACUGCGUCACUGCUGCCAGCGCUGGCAGCCGCGAAUGGGCCCAGGUGAUUUCUGCGGUUCAGCCUGCGAUCGUGGCGAUCAAGGUGACCUUCGUCGUGAGCUUCGAGGACGAGCAGGCGGCGGUGGCCAUGGGCACGGGCUUCGUCGUCGACAAGGAGAUGGGGCUCAUCCUCACCAACCGGCACAUCACGGGUGUGGGCCCGGUCAGGGCCAUUGCCAUCUUCGACCGGCAUGAGGAGCUCGAGGUGGAGGUGAUCUACCGAGACCCCAUCCAUGACUUUGGCUUCUUUCGCUACGAUCCCAGCAGGUUGCGGUACACCGAGCCGGCGGAGAUCGCGCUGGAGCCUUCAGGCCUCAAAGUGGGCGCCGAGAUCCGGGUGGUGGGCAACGACGCGGGCGAGAAGCUCCAGAUCCUCUCGGGCACCGUGGCCCGGGUGGACCGCAACGUGCCGGAGUUCCACAGCGUCUACAACGACGAGAACACCUUCUACGCGGGCGCCGGCGCCUCCACCUCCGGCGGCUCCAGCGGAUCCCCCGUGCUGAGUCUGGAGGGCCGGGCGGUGGCGCUGAACGCGGCGGGCACCGAGGGGGCGGCCUCCGCCUUCUUCCUGCCACUGGAUCGGGUCUGCUACACCCUGGCUUGCCUGAAGCGGGGUGAGACGGUGCAGAGGGGCACCUGUCAGGCAGCGUUUCUCUUCAGAGCUUUUGACGAGCUUAUGAAGGUGGGGCUGUUGGAGCGCCAUGAGCAGCAGAUGCGGGCGGCGAGCCCAACGGCCACGGGGAUGCUCUUGGUGGACGCCGUGCUCUGCGAGCAGAAGCUGCUGAGACCAGGGGACAUCUUGCUGCAGCUGGAGGGCGAGGUCUGCCUGGACUUCGUGCGCCUGGAGUCGGUGCUAGAUGCCAAGGUGGGCGGCACCGUGGAGAUGCAGAUCUGCCGAGGCGGCGAGGAGCUCACGCUCUCCAUAGCUGUGGCAGACCUGCAUGCGCUCAUCCCCAGGCGCUACGUGGAGCUGGGCCUGGACAUCGUCCACGGGCUCGGGUACCACGCGGCCAAGAAGACCCACCUGCCGCUGGACAGCGGGGUCUACGUGGCGCGCACGGGCUACGUCUUCGAGUCAUUGGGCUGCGAGUUUGGCUCCCUCAUCACCCAGGUCAAUGGGAAGCCCACUUCCUCGCUGGAGGCCUUUGUAAAGGCCAUCCAGGACAUCCCAGACCGGCAGUGCUUCCCUGUCAGCUGGUAUGACCUCCGCGACUUCCGCCGGGACCGCACCAUGAAGACGGGCUUCGCCAAGAUGUCGCGGGCCUGGUCGCCCCUGAAGAUCUGGCGGUGCGAGGCCAUCGCGGACGUGUCUCCCAACCACUGGACCUCUGAGGAGCUGCCGGUGCCCUGCCGCCCCCCGCGGCUGCCGGAUCUGCCGGGGCGCCACGGGCUGCUCACCGGGGGGGACCGCCUGGUGCGGGCGCUGCAGGCCUCCCUGGUGACCAUCCGCUUCCGCACGGACCAGCGCUUCUGCACUGAGGCCUUGGAGAGUGGGUCUUCCGAGGGCGUGGGGCUGCUGGUGGACGCCAAGCGGGGUCUAGUGCUGACAGACCGGCACAGUGCUCCGCAGUCUCUGGGAGCUACCGAGGUGACCCUGGCCGGCUGCGCCACGGUGGACGCAGAGGUCUUCUUCAUCCAUCCCCAGCACAACAUUGCCCUGCUGCGCUGCGACCCGGCGGCCAUGGCGGCGCUGCAGAAGGGCAAGGUGCCGCUGAAGUCGGCGAGGAUCGCAGGGGGCAAGAAGGCUGCGCUGCGGCCGGGGGAGGUGGUGCACUUUGCGGGCUUUGACAGCCAGGGCAAUGUCUUCAGUGCCGAAUGCAAGGUGUCUGCGGUGUAUCUCCCCAGCGGCAAGGACGAGUUCCCACCCUGGACGGUGCCCCGCUUCCGGGAGCGAAACCUGGAGAUCGCUGUCCUCACCGACACCCCGGAAGACGCGCGAGGAGGAGUUCUGUGUGAUGGGCGCGGGGAAGUCCGGGCCUUCUUUGCUUCCUUCGACUUCCAGUCUGCACGCAGAGAGCAUUGCUCGGAGGAGACCACGGAGGCCUUCGGCAUCCCGGCCAACGUCUUCCUGCCGAUGCUGGAGGCUGUCAAGAAGAGCCCGGACUCCACGCCUGAGGUCCGGUCGCUGGAUGUGGAGAUCACGGCUGUGGACCUUGCCACGCUGGCCCGGGGCGCCGGCAAGCUGCCGCAGAAGUGGAUGCAGGCGGUGCUGCAACGCUGCGGCCAGCAGGGCCAGGUGCCGCGGGCCAUUUGCGUGAACCGGGUGCUGGCCACUGGGGCCUCCACGGGCCGACUGCGGCCGGGAGAUGUGCUGCUGAGCGUCGCCGGCAAAACCAUUGCCUGCGCGCUGGACGUGGAGGAGGCUUUGCUGCCGCCCAAGAAGGGUGCGAAAGCCGCCCCACCGGAGGUGGUGAUCCGGGUACUGCGAGACCAGCGCGAGGUGCUCGAGUACGUGACUCCAAGCAUCCUGGGGUCAGAGGACGACGCCGAGCUGGUGAUUUGGGCCGGCAUGGUGCUGCGGCGCACGCCCAGGUGCAUCUUGGAGCGGUGCGGCCCCAGCGCAGCGCGUGCUGGGGGGGUCUUCGUGCAAAACUUGUUGGCUGGGUCGCCCGCGGAGAGCCGGGAGAUGCAUCCGCAUUGCUUUCUCAUGGAGAUGAAUGGGGUGCCCGUGCGCGCGCUGAGCGAUGUGCUGCAGCACGACCAGUGCGAGAAGCAGAAAGCGGGCGAGAAGAGGGCGCCUUGGGUGCGCCUGCUGUUGCUGGACAUGAACGGCCAGGAGACCAAGGGUUUUCUGCGAUCCUCUUAUUUUGGAGAUGCUGAGCCUGGGCGUGACAACGAGAAUCGUUUAGGUAUCUUAAAAUUGGGCCGAUCGGGGAACAAUGGCACGCCGUGAAAAGACGGGCAGCUGAUAUACACACAUUUGUGGGGCGCGCGCGCGCCUCAGAGGCACGCAGUUUUUUUCCUUGGC